AGUCGCGCGAGUGCGCGUGCUCUGAGCCGCCGCCAUUACUGAAUUGAGGAAAAGCUCUGAGGGAAGAGAGAGGUAGCAGGAGCAUCGGCGGAGGCUGGAGCCGGGCGGACGGGAACCAGCUCAGGACUCACAAAGCGUCGCAGGGAGCCUGUCUGUAGGCCGGUGUGGAGGAGCUGGGAUUGGAGGAUGGAAUCCAGAAUACCCACACCCAGCAAUAUGUGAGGAUCAGAUGCCGACCCAAUGGAGGAGGUCACAAGAGUAGUGUCCCAUUGCUUUGGUGUCUAAGGAACUGUUUUUGGAUAUCGUUUGGAUUCUAAGAAUGAAAAAUACACCCGUCUGUCUAAAUGAGCUCAGGAGGGUGAGAGGGGAGUGAUGAUGGCAAAAAAUAAGGAGCCUCGUCCCCCAUCAUAUACCAUUAAUGUGGUAGGAUUGUCUGGAACAGAAAAGGAUAAAGGCAACUGUGGAGUAGGGAAGUCUUGCUUGUGCAACAGAUAUGUCCGCCCAAAGGCUGAUGAAUACUACCCAGAACAUACUUCUGUCCUUAGUACAAUUGACUUUGGAGGACGUGUUGUCAACAAUGAUCACUUUUUGUAUUGGGGUGACGUAACACAGAGUGGUGAGGAUGGGAUUGACUGCAGGCACCACAUAAUCGAGCAGACGGAAUUCAUAGACGAUCAGACUUUUCUCCCCCAUCGAAGUACAAAUCUUCAACCCUAUAUAAAGCGUGCUGCAGCUUCGAAGCUCCAAUCAGCCGAGAAACUCAUGUACAUUUGUACGGACCAACUUGGUUUGGAGCAGGACUUUGAGCAGAAGCAAAUGCCAGAAGGGAAACUAACAAUAGAUGGUUAUGUGCUAUGCAUUGAUGUCAGCCAAGGAUGCAACCGUAAAUUUGAGGAUCAGCUCAAGUUUGUUAAUAAUCUCUAUGCGCAAGUAGCUAAAGCAAAAAAACCCAUUAUCAUUGCAGCAACAAAAUGUGAUGAAUGUGUCGAUCAUUAUUUGAGGGAAGUUCAAGGGUUUGCUUCCAACAAGAAAAACUUAAUGGUUGUGGAAACAUCAGCCCGGAAUAAUAUCAAUGUGGAAACCUGUUUUACAGCGUUGGUUCAAAUGCUGGAUAAAACCAGAAGUAAACCUAAAAUAAUUCCUUACCUGGACGCCUUUAAAACACACAGGCAGCUAGUUGCCUCUGCUACUGACAAAUAUGAGAAGCUUAUUGUGCAAACUGUGCGUGAUUACCAUGCAACAUGGAAAACUAUCAGUAAUAAGUUGAAGAACCACCCGGACUAUGACAACUACAUCAACUUGGAGGGAACAUUGAAGGCCAAAAACACUUUUAACAAACAUAUAGAGCAGCUUAGGCAGGAUCACGUUCGAAAACGAAAAGAAGAGUACCUUAAAACAUUACCAAAAACACUUAACACAUUAUUACCUAAACUAGACGAAAUUGAAAAUUUAAACUGGGCAGAAGCUUUGCAACUGCUUGAGAAAAGGCCUGACUUCAGCUUGUGGUUUGUUAUGUUGGAUAAAACUCCCUGGGAUCAGUCUGAUCAUAUUGAUAAACUAAAUGACAGAAGAAUUCCUUUUGAUCUGCUCUGCACUUUAGAAGCAGAGAAAGUCUAUCAAAGCCACGUCCAACACCUGGUAUCUGAGAAGAGGAGAGUUGAAAUGAAGGUGAAAUUUAAGAAAACCCUUGAGAAAAUACCAUUUAUUUCUCCUGGACAGCCCUGGGAAGAAGUAAUGUGUUUUGUUCUGGAUGAUGAAGCUUACAAGUUCAUCAAUGAGACAGACCGGGUGGAAGUUUACCGCAAACACCAGAGAGAAAUUAUUGAAAAAGCCAAAGAGGAAUUUCAGGAGAUGCUUUUCGAGCACUCUGAAUUGUUUUAUGACUUGGAUCUCAAUGCCACUCCUAGCACUGAUAAAAUGAGUGAGAUUAACGCUGUCCUUGGGGAAGAACCAAGAUACAAAGCUUUGCAGAAGCUUGCAACAGACAGGGAAUCUCUCCUUCUCAAGCACAUAGGAUUUGUUUAUCAUCCAACUAAAGAAACUUGUCUAAGUGGCCAAAACUGUAUGGACAUUAAGGUAGAACAGGUUCUUGCCAAUAGCCUACUGCAGUCAAAUCUUGGUCGUCUCACCUUGUACCAUGAUGGGGCUAACCUUGAUAAGGUAAAUCUUCUUAUUCUAGGGAAAGAUAGUCUAUCACAGGAGAUGACUAAUGAGAUAAGAACACAGUCGACAGAUGAUGAGUUUGCGUUGGAUGGAAAAAUAUAUGAAUUGGACUUGAGAGCAGUUGAUGCAAAUUCACCAUACCUUUUAAGCCAGUUAUGGACUUUAGGUUUUAAGCCGCAUGGUUGUUUCUGUGUUUUUAGCUCAAUAGAAUCUCUUAAUUUUAUUGGGGACUGUAUUGGAAAGAUUCGUGGGGAAGCCCAGUCAAGGAGAGAUAAGGAUAUGCUUAACCUUCCAUUUACUUUAAUUUUGGCUAACCAGAGAGACAGUGCAAGCAAACAUUUGCCAAUUUUGAGGCAUCAAGGGCAGCAGCUGGCAAAUAAACUUCAGUGUCUAUUUGUAGACAUAUCUCCUGGGACAUGUCCUCGAAAAUUUAACGAGACUCAGAUAAAGCAAGCAUUAAGAGGAGUACUGGAGUCUGUGAAACACAAUUUUGACAUUAGCAGUCCAGUUCCCACUAUUAAAGAACUUUCAGAAGCAGACUUGAGGAUAGUGAUGUGUGGGAUGUGUGGAGAUCCCUUCAGUGUAGAUCUUAUCCUUUCUCCAUUUCUUGAGUCCCGGACGUGUAGUGCUGCUCAGCCAGGUCAAAAUAACUCCCUGAUGCUUGACAAAAUUAUUGGUGAAACACGGAGGAGGAUACAGAUAACCAUAUUAUCAUAUCACUCCUCUAUUGGAGUGAGAAAAGAUGAACUUGUUCAUGGAUACAUUCUGGUUUAUUCUGCUAGACGCAAGGCCUCUAUGGGAAUGCUCCGUGCGUUUCUUUCAGAGAUACAGGACACCAUUCCUGUCCAGUUGGUAGCCGUAACAGACAGCCAAGCAGACUUUUUUGAAAAUGAGGCUAUUAAAGAACUAAUGACUGAAGGGGAACAUAUAGCAACUGAAAUUUCAGCAAAAUUCACUGCCCUGUAUUCACUGUCCCAGUACCAUCGCCAGACAGAGGUUUUUACACCAUUCUUUAGUGAUGUUUUAGAAAAGAAGACUUCGAUUGAGAACUCUUACUUAUCUGAAAACAGUAGAGAGGCAAAUCCGCAAUGUGAAGAGGUUUUCCUUCAUUCACCGCGUGGAAACUCUCCAGCUUAUGGCUGCUAUCCAGAUUCAGAAGAUGACACAGAAGCCCCUCCUCCCUACAGCCCUAUCGGGGAUGAUGUCCAGCUGUUGCCAAAGUGUAAUUUGGACAAUGAAGGAAACGAAUAUCCCAUACACAGUACUCCACUUAACUGUCAUGACCACGAGCGCAACCAUAAAGUGCCUCCUCCGAUCCGACCUAAGCCAGCUGGACCCAAGUCAAAAGUAAAUAGACUUGACCCAAACCUGGUUAAAACAAUAGAAGCUGGUAUCAGUAAAACACCCAAGAAGCCACAUUCCCGCUUCCCUAUGUCACACCCUGAUGACUUAGACCCUUCAGAUAACUACGCAGAACCAGUUGACACAAUACUUAAACCCAAAGAUUUUGCUAAUGAUAUCUACGCAGUACCUGACGACAGCCAGAACCACACUAUUAAAAUGCGCCAAUUUUUUGCUAAUGUACCAGGGGAUGAAGAAAAUGGCAUUUCAGACAGGGCAGCCAGGAACCAGACUGAACGGAGACCAUCAAAAUAUAAAUAUAGAUCAAAGACUUUAUUCAGCAAGGCCAAAUUGUACUCCUACAGGCGAGCAAAUUCGGAUGCAAGUGAUGAGGAAGCACUUACCAUGCCUGGAAAAGACCGGAAACGUAAACCAAAGCACAGACCUAGUGAGGAGGACCCUUUACUCUCUCCUGUUGAUACCUGGAAGGGGGGCAUUGACAACCCAGCCAUCACUUCUGACCAAGAGCUAGAAGAGAGGAAAACAAAGAAAAAGGCACCAAAAGUUAAAGAAGACAAGAAGAAAAAGAAAACAAAGCCUUUCAACCCACCAACUCGACGAAAUUGGGAAAGCAAUUAUUUUGGAAAACCGCUGCAGGACCUUGUGAGCGUUGACAAGCCUAUUCCUGUUUUUGUGAAGAAAUGCGUGGAUUUCAUUGAGGAGUCAGGAUUGAGCACGGAGGGUCUCUAUCGUGUCAGUGGAAACAAGACUGAUCAGGAUAAUAUACAGAAGCAGUUUGACCAAGAUAACAAUUUAAAUCUGGCUUUGAUGGAUGUGAAUGUAAAUGCAGUGGCUGGUGCACUGAAGGCAUUUUUUGCAGACCUGCCUGCUCCAUUAAUCCCAUACUCUCUUCACCCGGACCUUCUAGAAGCCUCAAAAAUUCCGGAGAAGGUGGAACGGCUACAAGUCCUGAAAGAUAUUUUGAGGAGCUUUCCUAUUGUCAAUUAUGAAGUUUUCAAGUUCAUUGUUGCUCAUCUGAACAGGGUUAGUCAACAUAGCAAAACCAACCUCAUGACUGCGGACAACCUUUCUAUCUGCUUCUGGCCCACCUUGAUGCGCCCGGACUUUGAAAAUAAGGAGUUCUUCUCCACCACCAAGAAUCACCAGUCUGUCAUUGAAACCUUCAUUCUGCAGUGCCAGUUCUUCUUUUAUGAAGGUGACAUUGUAGAUUCGCCAAGUGUCACCAGUUCCCCUUCUGCCCAUCACUCUAGCCCUGGACCACUUAUGCCACCACUAGUUCCUCUUCCGUUACCUCCACCUCUUCAGCCACAGCUCGUCCAACCCCAUCUGCAGGCUGAUCCUCUGGGAAUCAUUUAACGAAGCCACAGCUACGUACUUUUAUUUUAUUUAAUAACCCCAGCUCCCACAGGACAGACAUUGGCAUGUGGAAUAGACUUCCCACCUGUAGUACUAUCUUAAUGCAGAUGGAUUGGAUUAUUUUUAGUUUGGUUUAUUUUAUUUUUUUCUUCCCUUUUUCUGUUUGUAUUUUUUAACCCAUGGAAAUGUCUAGAAAGAGGUCUGUGGCAGGCCCCAUUUGUGAAUUUUGCUGCUGCAUGGAACUUCUAUAUAAAUACUAUAAUCUUUCCAAAUGGCACCAUUGUGUCGCAAAGAUACCUAUCAAUACAGAAGAUAACAUACACAGAAGAAAGUCUUUUCUAUAGAAAAUCAAAUUAAAAUUACGGAAAUAAAUCACAUUUAUGAAGCUUAGAGUGCAUUCCCAGCCGUCUCAAGGCUGAGAUUUAUUUUGGUGUCAAAGCAUCUGUGGUGUGCGUAUGUGGGCAUGUAUGGGAAUGUGUGGGAGCCUGGCAGUGGGGUGGGUUAUGGAUUUUGUGUUAGCGGUGCUUGGAUUGGAGCUUAACUUGUAAAUGAUACAAAGUCAAAAAAUAAAUGUAUGUACAUAUAUAAAUGUUUACAUAUUUCAAGAAUAAACAUCCAUCCAUUAAA